AUGCGCUCGUCGUUGCUCGGCGGACCGGCUUCCCUCGCCGGCCUGCUGAUAUCUUCAUUUGCCGUGGCCGCAGCGGCUCCGUUCAGUGACCCACUCUGGGACCGGCUGCCUCUGUCGACCGGCUCGUCCACUCGGCAACGCGCCGUCGUCAACCAGCCAACGCAGACGACAUCGGGCGCUGUCUCAUCCUCAGUGUCGGCCUCGGCUUCGGCGUCGCCCACGCCCUCUCCUGCCAACGUCCCCCAGUGUCUGUCCCUCAACACCAGCUCCAUCUGCGCUCCGCUGACUACUGGCAAUUUCUUCAUCAACACCACCGAGCUCUCGCUGAACUACAACGUCUCGAUCACCAGCGUGGCCCAGUGGGAGUCGCUCAUCGUCAACUCGACCACUGCUUCUUCGGAUGGAUCGAGUCUGUUCCAGCUGCUCUGGACCCAGUUCACAGGCUGCACCGCUCCUGAAGCCGCCUCACUGCCUUAUCUGCGCACCAUCGCAUGUCUGGGCGACGUCUAUGGCGCUUCCAAUGGCUGCAAUCAGCAGGCCAUUGCAGCCAACCCCACCCCGCUCUGCCCGGGCGUCUGCCGGUCCUAUGGCGCCGCCAUCGCAUCCUAUCUUGUCAGAUCACGGGAUCAAGAGGAGAUCAAAAGAAAAAGAUAG